AUGGGCGGAGGGGCCCGGCCGGCAGCGCCCGGCGCUGCGGGAGGUGGCGACGGCGAAUCCGGCCCCGCUCGUCCUCGCGGGGACCUUCGCUCCGGAGUUGUCGGCCCGCCUCAAGGACCUGAGGGGGGGGGAACGACGCACCCGGGAGGGGUCACCGCAGCCUUCCCCGCCCCGCUCCCCCGCAGCUCGUCUCCGGGCCAAAGGCGAACGGGGGCGGCCCCGCCCGACGCCGACCCCGGCCCCGCAGCCGGCGAGACCGGCACGGCCGGAGCGGGACGGACGGGCUCGGCGUGA